GCCCGUGCAUCUAGAUACUAAACAGUGUCCGCGCAUGAACAUGGAAAUCGCCACAGUAAACUGUCUUCCUUAUGAGGAUUUUGUGAAUAUUUUCGGCAAUGUGGUGGAGAAAUGCCCCAUUAUAACAGCCGCUGUGUGGUCGAGGCGUCCCUUUGUGAACAUCAGUGCUUUAGAGGCUGCUAUCAGUGAGUUCAUUGAUGCCCUGCCAGAAUCAGGUAAAGAGGGGAUCCUCAGGUGUCUGCCAGACCUCGCUGGCAGGGACCACCAGAGUGGCACCUUGACACCGGAGUCGCGCGAGGAGCAGGCACAGGCCGGAAUGGAUGGGCUGGACUCCACGGAGCUUUUGCGCAUGGCUCGGCAUAACGACGAGUACAAGGUGCGCUUUGGAUUCCCAUUUGUCAUCUGCGCCAGGAUGAAUGACAAGCCGACCAUCUUUCAGCAGCUGUCCGAGCGGCUCAGGAACAAGCGCGCGGUGGAGAGGGCGCGUGGCAUAGAGGAGGUGAAGAAGAUAUGCCGCCUGCGUCUCCAAGGUCUCGUGCUAAUUGACGCACCGAAUAAAUGACGAUAUUGAACGUUG